GGCCUGUUGCCCAUGCACAAACUUUCUAGAUAAUUUCUUUUUUGUCUUCCUUACAGCAAUGGAACAGUGAAGGUCUCAGCCUGGACAAGAGCUCACUGGGAGGGGAGGAAGUGAGCUCACUGGGACUGGAGCAGCAAGCCCUGUGGAAUGUUAAUGCAAGGCUGAGAGGAGGAAGCUGUCUCUAAUGCUGAUUGGACCAGGGGAUUUUUUAGAGACUGUACUUCCUCGGUAGCUGCUCUGACUUGUCCUGCUUGUGCAGCAUUUCCUGAGGCUUUCCCAGGCUGCCGGUCCCAGUCAGGAGCAGAGAACGUCACCAUGCCACCAAAGAGGAAAUCAGCUGCCACCAAACCAGCUGCUGCCAAGGUCAAGAAGGUCAAAGGUGAACCAGAGGAGGACAACGUCAAGUCAACUGUUAAUGCCUUGAAGACAGCCCCGAAGGAAAAGCUCAAGGCCAAGAUCGAUGAGCAUUGCCCGCUGAGCACCGAAUCAGAGGCUACGGUUUACGAGGACUAUGACUGCAUGCUAAAUCAAACCAACAUUGGAAACAACAACAACAAGUUCUACAUCAUCCAGCUGAUCGAACAAGGUGGCUCGUACUACUGUUGGAACCGCUGGGGCCGGGUGGGAGAAAUUGGCCAAAGCAAUUUGAAUUCUCUGGCUGACCUGAACAAAGCUGUGAAGGAAUUUGAAAAAAAGUUCAAAGACAAGACAAAGAACAACUGGGCAAACAGAGAUUCCUUCAUCGCACAUCCUGGAAAAUACACCAUGAUUGAACUUGAGCAGGGCUACAAGGAAGCAACAGUUAUGAAGAAUGAUGCAGUAGAUGGAAGCAGUGUGUUGUGUAAGAAAGUCCGACCUUGCACUUUAGACAAAGCCACCCAGGAUCUGAUCAAGCUGAUCUUCAGCCACGAUAUGUUCAAGGAGCAGAUGCAAACUAUGAAUCUUGAUCUGAAGAAGAUGCCUCUUGGGAAGCUGAGCAAGCAGCAAAUUGCCAAGGGUUUUGAUGCAUUGGAUGAGUUGGAAGAGGCCUUGAAGAGCCCCAACAACACAAAUCAGUUGGAAGAGUUGUCCUCAAAGUUCUACACCAUUAUUCCUCAUUACUUUGGACGCAAUCGACCCCCAGUGAUUGAUACUGCAGAGCUACUCCAAGCCAAAAAAGACAUGCUGCUGGUACUUGCAGAUAUUGAACUGGCACAGAGUCUCCAAGCGGAAAAGGAGCAGAAGCAAAAGAUGGAAGUCAGUGAGGUGCCACAUCCUCUGGAUGAAGACUACAACCUGCUGAAGUGCCAGCUCACUCUCCUGCAGUGCACUGAUGACGAAUUCAAGGUGGUUAAGAAAUAUGUGGAUGCAACUGGUCCCACAUACAGGUCCCUGAAGGUCAUCAAUGUCUGGAAGUUGGACAGAGAAGGAGAGGGCGAACGUUACAAGGAACACCAGAACAUAGAGCACCGUCGCCUCCUAUGGCAUGGGACCAACAUCGCUGUUGUUGCUGCCAUCCUGAAAACCGGGCUGAGGAUCAUGCCGCAUUCAGGGGGCCGUGUCGGCAAAGGGAUCUACUUCGCAUCAGAAAACAGCAAAUCAUCAGCAUAUGUUGGUUUUACAUCCAAGAAUGAAGGCAUCAUGUUCCUGACUGAAGUGGCUCUGGGGAACAUUCAUUACAUUUUAAGAGAUAAUUCACAACUAAGAACCCCUCCCACAGGCUUUGACAGUGUUGUUGCCCGUGGCAGCACUGAACCAGAUUCUUCACAGGACAAGGUGCAAAUCAUAGAUGGGAGGAGAGUGAUUGUGUCGCAAGGCAAACCCAAGCCAAUGAAGCUGGGCAAAAACUCUUCCUUUAGCCAGAGCGAAUACGUCAUCUACCAGGAGAGCCAGGCACGCCUCCGUUACUUGGUGCAAGUGAAGUUCUGAGUGUUCCCUUGGCGCUCCUCCACCGUGAGAGGCCCCCACACCGGCAGCUUCCCGGAAACAUUCAGUUUGCUUUCUUUCUUCCUGCAUACGGUUGGAUGUCCUCCAGAACAGCUUUUGAACUUCACUUAUUUAACCACUGUUGCUUCUCUACAUUGCAGUACCAAAGGGUGGAGUGAGAUCCCAUCUACAGGUGGGACAGAUCACAUUAGUGCUGUGGCUGAGCACUGAGACUGAGUUCUUUCUCUUCACUAAGUGCAGGCCUGUUCAGCUGGGCUGUUUAGUGACUUCAUUUGCCCAGACAGCCCCAUUUCAAUCCUGACAAGCAAAUAGCACCAGUGUGAUGCUAGUGCUGGGUUAAUGUUGGUCACUGACUGGAGAGUUCCAGGCCCUGGAAUAUUUGGCCUUACCCAGCCAUACUGGUGCUUAUGCAGUGGACAGCUGUGAUAUACAUCUCCCCCCGCCCUUCCUCACCGGGACACUGAGUAAACUUGUAACCUGACAACUUCUGCUCCCAGACCUUUCCCAAGGACACUCACUGAUCAGCUUGGUCACUGGAUAGACUGAGCGGCUCAUUGAACUGACGGGGUCAGAAUCUAAAUCUCCCCUGAGUAACUCAGUGAGCUGAACUGGGUUUAAAUCACCAUGCCACAAUCUACCUACAUCCUUCCCCAGGCCCACUGAGUACCUCACCCAAUUGCUAAGUCAAGCCCGGGCCUCAGAGAGAAUUAGCACCCAGACCUUCCCCAGGCCCCACUGAGUUACUUGGGGAUUCUGGUACCAAGGCACCCCAGUUAGGUUGAAUUCAGUGAUGAGUAAAUUCACUUUUCCUAGCUGAUUCCAGUUGUAGACACUGGAGAUGCUGGAAUCUGGGGCAAAAAAAUCAAACUGCUGGCAGUCCAGGUGAAGGGUCUUGACCCAAAGCAUGAACUGAUCCAUUUCCCUCCCCAGAUGCUGCCUGACCCGCUGAGUUGCAGUUUGUUUUUUGACUCCAGUUGUGUUGCUCUUGGGUUCCACGAGGCCCCCCAUCGAUGUUGGCACUUUAACUCUCACACAACCAAAGUAAGCACUUUCACAGUUGGUUUGUAUUUCUCGUCUGUGCACUAACCCCUCCCUGAAUGCCUGAGGCUUUAUUCCUGCUAUUUCACCAGUAGCCUCCCUUGGCCCUUGGGGACAGCCGGCAGAAUGAUGCUGGGGCAGGGAGGAUGAGGCGAGGUCCCCCAGGUUUCAGGCUGCAGGCCUGCGGGUCCUUGAGUGGACAGAUGGGCUUCAAUCUUGGCCUUCAAUGUAACUGAUCCAUAGUCAACAGACAUUCCUCUGGCCCCCAGCCCUUCUCCAGGCAACUGACACCUCUCUCCAUCACACUGAGAGUGAGUAGCAUGAGACUAACUGACAUAACUGGAGGCUGGGUGAUGUGUGCUGCCAGCUGACCUUUGAACUGGGGUUGGGUAAGGUGGAGGACACUGAUUUGUUCCUGCUGCUCAAUGGUUCUGCUGGAGGUACAACUGAUAGCCCCUGUGUUGGCCACAGUGUCUGGACCCUGCCUGUGGAGUCACCUCUGCCUGUACCUCAGCCUAUGGCUCGGUGCAAGAUUUUCUGUGUUGGUAUGUUGCACUCUUAUAGUUGGUACCUAUAACCAGCUGCUCUAUUAGUCCUGACCGCAUGGUCUUGGUGAUGUAUUUGCACUAUUAAAGCAUUCUCUUAUUCUA